AUGGGUGUCACUGUUGAAACUCUCUCUGCUGGCGAUGGCCAAAACUUCCCCAAGAAGGGCGAUAAGGUCACCAUCCACUACACCGGUACUUUGACCAACGGUAACAAGUUUGACUCUUCCCGCGAUCGUAAGGAACCUUUCCAAUGCACCAUUGGUGUUGGUCAGGUCAUCCGUGGUUGGGAUGAAGGUGUCACCCAAUUGUCUGUUGGUCAACGCGCCAAGCUUACUUGCACUCCCGAUUACGCUUACGGUCCCCGUGGUUUCCCUCCCAUCAUCCCUCCCAACUCUACUCUCGUCUUUGACGUUGAGCUUCUCAAGAUCAACUAA